CCCCUUUGCUCUUUCCACCUUGUACAUUCCAGACCCUAAAAAAAUUGGAACCAUGAAGUGGGUAACAUUCAUUUCUUGUCUUUUCUUGGUAAGCUUGGCUGAGUCGAAACACCUGCCCAGAAGCUACAGGGAUGUAGGAGACCAUGGCACCAUCUCUGAACUAAAAGAAGAAGAGUACAAAGCAGUCCUCCUGGCCUUGUACUCUCAGAUCUUGCAGAAAGCUACAGUGGAAGAGGUGUUCAAAGUGACAACAGACGCUGCAGAGCUUCACAAGAAAUGUAUUGCUGCUGAUCACUCAGGCCCGGAAUGUACAAAGCCUUUGCAUACUGCUUUUCUGGAUGUACUGUGUCACGAACAAGAAAUUGCUGCAAAAUAUGGAUUUACUGAGUGUUGCAGUAAAGUCGAUCCAGAAAGAAAUGAAUGUAUUCUAUCCCAUAAAAAUGGAACUCGAGGAUUCAUUCCUCCCUUUCAAAAACCAACUCCAGAGGACGGCUGCAAAGCAUUUCAAGAUAACCCAAAGCACGUGAUUGCCACUUAUGUCAAUGAGGUUUCCAAAAGAUACCCCUUUUUAAUGAUCAUCACUAUCUUGGAUAAAGCUAAAGAAUAUAAGGAGGUCCUGACAACUUGCUGCCAGGAUGCUGACAAGGCUGCCUGCUUCACAGAAAAGGCAACAGCUGUCACACAGCAUCUGAGAGCAGACUUUGAUCGGCAGAAGGCCAUCUGUUCUGAUCUGAGGAAGUAUGGAGAAAAAACCCUGUUAGCUAUGAAAAUUGUUCAGCUGAGCCAGAAGUUGCCCAAGGCUGAUUUUGCUACAGUUGUCAAGCUUGCUGGAUAUAUUGUACACCCCUUUACAGAGUGCUGCAAGGGUGAUACCCUGGAGUGUGCACUUGACAGGGUGAAGGUGUCAACGUACACCUGUUCCCUUCAAGACAUUAUAUCCAGUAAAGUGAAGAAGUGUUGUGAAGAGGGCCUGUUGCAACGAGCCAAUUGUCUAGCUAAUGUAGGAUAUGAUGACAAGCCUGCAGAUUUGUCUCCUACUGUCAGGGAGUUCAUUGAUAACAAAGAAGUAUGUCAACACUACACUGAGAACAAGACUCUUCACCAGGCAAAGUUUCUUCAUGAGUAUGGAAAGAGACAUCCUGAGUUAUCUGCAGAGCUUAUUGUUAGACUUGGCAAAGGCUAUGGGGAUUUGCUGGAUAAGUGUUGUGCGCUGGAUAAUACUGUAGAGUGCCUUGGACAAGGGGAACAACAACUCCAAAAACACAUUGCUGACAUCCUAGAAGUGGUUAAGACAAACUGUGAUCUCUAUGAGAAAGCAGGCGAAUACCUCUUCCAAAUUAAUGUCCUCACCCAAUACACCAGGAAGGCUCCCCAGCUGACAUUUGAAGAACUGCUGAAGUACACAAAGCAAUUCACGGAUGCUGCUGCCCAGUGCUGCAAGGCGGAUGAUGCCCAUAGACUGCCGUGUGUUGAGAGACAUGUCACUCAAGUGCUUGGAGGGAUAUGUCAGCGACACGAAGAACGUCACAUAAACAAACAAGUGUGCAAAUGCUGUGGGGACUCCUUAUUUUUCCGUGGGGAAUGCUUCAGGAAUUUGGGAGCAGAUCCAGAGUAUGUCCCUGAGCCAUCCUGUCGUGAUCCGUUCAUCUUCCAUGCAGAUUUGUGCACAGCUGAGCAGAAAGAGCAGCAACUCAAGAAGAAAAAGUUCCUUGUCACCUUGUUAAAAUACAAGCCCACCAUCACCGAUGAACAACUGGCAGGUGUGGUUGUAGAUUUCACUGGCUUGGUGGCACAAUGCUGUGCAGCUGACAACCACGAGGAAUGCUUUAAAACAGAGGGUCCAAAAAUGGUUGCGCGGGCUGAAGCUGCUUUAGGAGGCAACUAAACAUCUUAGCUCACCUGUGAAAGAAUACUGGAGAUAAAGCACAAAUAGGCCAAGGCCUCAUUGGUUGCCUGCUUUCUUGUUACAUGACACCUUUCUGAUUCAAAAGAAGCAACAAUUUGAUUCUUCCAUAAUCUUCACCUCUCAUGACAGUGUUACUGUUGAGAAUGAAUAAAGUCUUUAAAUACAA